AUGGGUUUCUCUAAAGUUCUCUUCCUUGCGGCAGUGUCCGCUGUCAACGCAGCAGACAUUCUUGCUGCAAGCCGCCCACAGGAUGUCAUUGCCGACCAGUACAUCGUCGUGAUGAAGAACGAUGUGUCCGCAGAGUCCUUCAGCUCUCACCGUGCCUGGGUUGCUGAUAUGCAUCACUCCGACUUGACAAAGCGAAGUCUCGUCGGCCACGGCAUCAAGAGAACUUAUGACUUCCACUCAAUGAAGGGUUACAGCGGCGUCUUUGAUAAGAACACCAUUAAGGAAAUCGCUAAAAACCCUAAUGUUGCCUUCAUUGAACCUGACCAGGUUGUAAAGCUUAACGAUCUCGUCGAGCAGCCAAAUGCACCAACCUGGGGUCUUGGCCGUAUCUCCAACAAAAGAGUCGGAAUCAGCAACUACUUCUAUGAUUCUAGCGCUGGUUCAGGCAUCUGGGCCUAUGAUGUUGAUACUGGUGUUGAUAUCAGCCACCCUGAAUUUGAGGGUCGUGCGAUUUGGGGCUCCAACCACGUCGACAAGGACGACACCGAUGGCCACGGCCACGGCACCCACGUUGGCGGUACCAUCGGCAGCAAAACCUAUGGUGUUGCUAAGAAGGCCAAGAUCAUUGCUGUUAAGGUUCUCAGCGCUUCAGGCUCUGGAAGCAACAGCGGUGUGAUUGCUGGCAUCGACUGGUCUGUCAACCAUGCUCGCCAGGCCAAUAUGAUCUCCAAGUCCGUGAUGAACUUGAGUCUGGGUGGUGGCCGCAGCGAUGCAACCAACAUGGCUGUUGCCAACGCUUUCAAGGCUGGCAUGCACGUCGCCGUUGCUGCUGGAAAUGACAACCGCGAUGCUCGUAACUCCUCCCCUGCCUCCGAGCCUCUCGUUUGCACAGUCGCUGCUAGUGAUAUCAGAGACAACAAGGCCUCUUUCUCCAACUUUGGAUCAGUUGUGGACAUCUACGCUCCUGGAGACACCAUCCUCUCUCUCCGACCUGGUGGCGGUACCCGUACCUUGUCCGGAACCUCCAUGGCCGCUCCUCACAUCGCUGGUUUGGGUGCUUACCUCAUGGCGCUCGAGGGCAUUCCCGCCAACCAGGCCUGCGACCGCAUCAAGGCCCUCUCUCAGGGUGUCAUCCGCAACCCUGGAGCCCAGACCACCAACAAGCUCGCCUACAACAACAGCGGCAAAUAA